UACACAGACAGCCCCCCCAGCACCCACAUCCCGAUCGAGAGUCACACGGCAGACAUGGAGCCCAGGUCAAUCCCAGAUGCCGCGCUGCCCCUUGAUUUGCAACACCGGGACCCGAAGGACAUGAACAGCCACGUGCGGGUGCUCUUCGAGGACGUGUUCGCCGAGCCGGAGGGUUCGCACAGCAUCCCCGGCGUGUGGAGGUGCUCCUUCAGGACCUACAACGGCGCCAAAUGGUUCUGCUACCUGCUGCUCUCCGUGCUGUGCGCCGUGCCGCUCUCGUGCUGCUGGGGCUGCGACUUCGCGUGCGCGCAGUUCUACCACGUGUGGAACGUGGCGCCGUGCCUGCGCAUGUGUCGCAUGAACAUGCUCUGCCUGCAGAUGUUCUGGUCGACGAUCGUGCGGUGCGUGUGCGAGCCCCUGUGCGAGACGUGCGCCCUGUGCUUCUCGCACAUCAAGAUCAAGGGGAAAGCUUAAGCGGAAAAAGUUGGCGAGUCAACACAAAAAAGCACACGCACACGCGCGCGUCCGCACAAACACAGACAUGUACGCACGCACACACGUACGCAUACAUACACACAUACACACGCGUACGCACACACCCACUCACAGACACACGUACGCAUACACACAUACACACGCACACACGUACGCACACACACGUACGCACACACAUACGCGUACGCAAACGCACGCACGUACGCACACACGCACACAACGAUCAUCCGUGUAGCCUUAACAGACUGUAUGAACAAAUUUUGUUCGCGAGCACAUAUGAAGCCCGACACGGAGGAGGGGGGUGGCUAGCAGCACGCCCGGCCGCCUUUGUCUCUCUAGUGGCGAUGUUUACACACUGCAACAGGUUUGCACACCCCGAUUAGCACGAUUAGCACAGUUGCCUACAUGCGGUGCGAAAGAAGUUCAACAUAGAUACACACGCGAACACACGCACGUACACACACACACACACGUACAUACGCACACACCCUUACCAACGUACACACACACGUACGCACACUUCUCGCGAAUGCAAUGUCCACGUAGGCGGCUGUGAUCGGUGCCAGGUUAACGCAGCGGAGGGUGGCAUUAGUGGCCUUGGAAAUUGAAGGCCCCUCCAAAUGGCACGCGACCCAUGCGGUGCUGUUCCAUCUUGCGGUCAAAAUGCAUUGUAGUAUUGGUGCGCUACGAUACAUUGCUCUGUGCACUAUAAUCGUUUCGUGAUUAAAGUUUAUUACGCCUCCGAAUAGCACGGUUGGCUACGUUCCGGUGCGACACAAGGUGAACGUACAUACAUGCGUGUUACGCAAAGCCACGUGCGGAUAUUAAAAUAUCUGUGUUCCUUGUUGA